AUGGCAGAUUCAAAAUCCAAUGAUGCAGGUUUUCAAGGUCUAAUGAAAUCAUUAAAUUUAGAUCCACAACAAUAUAAAUUAUAUAAUUCGUCAGAUUUCCCUCAAAAAUCAUUUCAAGAAUUAUCACAAAUUAAAACGAAUAUAGAACAACAGCUAAAUAAUUUAUUUGAUUUAUUAAAGCAUCAACAUAAUGUUGAUAUGGAUUCACCUCUUGUGACAAAAGAUGGAUUCCCGAGAUCUGACAUUGAUGUUGUUUCGGUUAGAUUAAUACGUACUCAUAUUAUUAAGUUGAAAAAUGAUUAUAAGUCUUUACUAGAUAUUUUGGAGAGUAAGAUGGAAGAAGAAUUUGCGAAAUUAAAGAAAGCUGAUUGA